AAAUUAAAUAUAUAAUGGCAAGUCGUCAUUAGAUUAUUCAAAAAAAAAAACAAAAAAAAAUACCUUGACCAUGGAUUCCGAAAAAACUGCACCUAAUAAUGUUAUUGAAAAGAUUGAUCGACCUCAUAUUGUCGAUUUAGAAAAUACUCCUAAAGGGAUUAUACCAGAAAGUUUUGAAAAUGUUCCUCUUAUUUAUCCAUCCGUAAAUUAUUUAAUUUAUUUUAUACGAACCUUGCAACAUCUUUUUCUUACGUUAUUAUUUGAUUGGACCAAUAUUAUUACUAGUCCAAUAAAUUUCUUGUUAACUUUUGUCUUUUUCCCUGUGGUUGCUAUUGGUUUAUUUUUACUUGAAAUUAUUUUACGUUUUAUAUCUUUCAUGAAAUGGGAUGUUAACGAUGAUGAAAGUGUGAUUCAAUCCUGGUCAAGAUUAACAUCAAAUUCUGAACUAUUAGUGAAAAAUCUUCGUUUAGGAAUAAAAGCUUUAGACGAACUUCCGAAUAAGUAUCGUAAAGGAUUUGACCUAAAUGGUGCACAAUUCUUAUUAUAUCUCUCGGCCAUCUUACAAGAAAGAGAUGAAAAAAAAGUUACUGAAGCUUAUCGUAUGAUAUCACAAUUGAAAAAAUCCUUAAAAAAAGAUAAAAAUCCUGAUGAUGAACAAAAAAUUCGAAAAAUUUAUGAAAUUCUCAAAGAAAGUGAAUCUGGGAUACAUAAACAAUUAGAAGAAUUUGGUAUUAAAUUUACUUCAUUAUCUGAAUUGAAUACUCUUGGUGGUCCUUAUGCUGGAAUGUUUUGGUCUGAUGAAGGAAAUUUUAUUGUUAUUGCUUUAAAAGGAACGACACCAACGAGUUUCAAUGAUUGGUUGACAAAUGCUACAUUUCAACGUAUGGAUGCAAGGUCUUAUUUAUUUGGAGAAGUUCAUGAAGGAUUCUAUAUUCAACUUUUCCCUGCGGAUGAAUAUGAUUCAAUAAGAGUUGAUAGAAGGUGUCCAGCAACAAGAAUUAUUGACGCUGUUCGUAUAAAAGCGGAAUCUAUUCGAAAAAGAAACAGGGAUAAUAACCAUAAGACACCUGAAGAUACACCCUUAGUAAACAUAUAUGUUACGGGCCAUUCUCUAGGUGGAGCGUUAGCAACUUUAUUAUAUGCACGUUUAAUGAAAUCUCCUCAGAGUUUAGGAAAAGAUUGUUUAUUAAGAGAUGGGACUGUAUUUGCGAGUCCAUCAAUAGGAGAUAAUGAUUUCUCUGCGGAAUUUUCGUCAUUAAGUAAUAAAUCCAAUGACGAAUACAAAACAUUGUGGAGGAUCGUAUGUGAUAAUGAUAUUGUACCACGUGUUCCAAUUGGCCAUCAUCAUCCAAAAUUCCGCAGAUAUACCAAGAAGAUUCAUAUAAUGAAUUAUUUUCACGUCGGUAAUGAAGUAAGAUUUUAUCAAGAUGGUAGUACACCUUCAUCGAUGAAUAAUAUUUUUACCGAUGAUAAAGAAUUAAUAUUCAUAGAAAGAGGAUUAAGUUGGAAGGAUUGGAGAGGUUUAUUUGGUUUUUAUGAUCCUUUCGAUCAUGCAAAGCAUGAUAAAAAAGCAACUUUUGAACGUAAACUUAAUGAUAAAUUAUAUUCUUAUGAAAAAUUUCUGGUUGGACCAUUAAGUCCCUUCAGGAAUCAUAUGUCUCAUCGUUACUUUGCAGCCUUGGAAAAAAGUAGAGAAUUUUUUGAUAAAGGUGAUGUUAAUUUUAAAGAUAAACACGUUCCUGGAGAAAACAUAGUAUAAAAACAUUUUUUAACUUUUAUUAUAUAUGUAAUAUAUUUUUUUGUAUAUUUAUAAAACUUUUAUGUAAUUAAUUUUUAAUUAUUAAUAAAUAUCUGACGGUUAAUAGCAUUUAACCCUG